AUGCAAUGUCAACUAGAUGAAAUCAAGGAUAAUCUCCAAGUUGCUAUGGAACAGAAAUCUACUCUAAAGUGCCAUAUUGCGACUUCUAAUAAGACAGUAGAGGAGUUGAAACAAAGAAUGUUCUCUGCUAUCAAGCUAUUGCAAAAAUAUAUUGAAAGAGAUAAAAUACAGGUUGAGCAUAACAACAUAGUCAGUGAAGUAGGGGAGCUGAGGGUGUCUCAAAAAAUUAAAGAAGCAACUCGCAAUUUUGAUGAAGCAUUGAAGAUAGGUGAAGGAGAUUAUGGAAUUAUCUAUUAUGGUCUCCUUCGUCACAAUAGUAGCUAUAAAGUUCUGCACCCACAUAGCUCGUUGGGUUCCUUGAAGUUUCAACAAGAGGCAAAUAUUUUGCUUGACAACAAUUUUGCCAUCAAGUUUAGUCGGUUUGGAAUGUGUUGUGUCCUUAGGGAAGAUGAAUUUUCAGACAACACCAGUUCAUUAUGCUACAGAAUGGAUCCAAAAUAUACUCUUGCAUAUAUAGGCCCCGAAUUUCUUGCAACUAGAGAUAUAAUUGCAAAGUCAGAUAUCUAUUCAUUCGAGAUCAUAUUAUUGAAACUGUUAACUGGGAAGCCUGCAACAGGGAGAUAUGGAGGGUACUUCAACCAACAAGAGCAUCUCGUGAGGCAUCUUGUUCUCGAUUGUUAUCUAAAGAGCAGUCCUAGACUUCAACAAUCUAUGGAGGAGGUGGAAAUUUCUAGGCACAAAGUAUAUGAAAAAUCAAUGAAGCAUAUGAAUGCUGUAAAAAAGGGUAUUGAGGCUGCCAGGCGUGUUAGAGCAUAA